CUGUGGUCAGAUGACAGCAUUCUCAGUUUUACAGUUACUUUCGUAACACACUGUUGGUUUUGUAAGUGUUGAACUUGGUCACUGUGGUAGAAUCCUAUCCGAUCUGUAUCCAAUAGAGAAUUACAAGUCGCCAGCUAUUGCUACUAUCAAUCUUCGAAAAAUGUUUACUAAUUAUCCCCUAAUGGAUUCCAACACAACGACGCCAUGUGCUACACCACAGAUAGACAUUCGACACUUCAAGAUAACGGUGAUCUGCUUAAUUUGUGGUGGUAUUGUCUUCACUAUUUUGACGUUGUUCAAAAACCUACAGUCCAUGUUUGCAGUUAAUUUUCUUCUAACGAAUUUAUCGAUCAUCUUAAUUUCUGUGGGUGCAGCAUACUUUUUUCAGUGUGGUGAAAUGAAAUAUCUGUUAAUUUCUGUCAGCUCGGCAGUUCUCAUUACAAUAAUAAUCGUUAUGAUAGGUAUGAAUUUAAGACAGUUGAAAAGAGAGGGAUGUUUUUUACUCAUCUCAAUAUCUAUCAUGCUCGUCGCUUGGGGGAUCAUAGUAUUUUACAUUGGAUUAGCCAAGAACUCUAUUCUCUUUAUGGAAUUCGCUACAAGUGCCUGUUGGACGUGUGCUGCAGCAAUCUUAGAAUUUGUUACUGCGUGUGAAAUUAAACGCUGCAGAGACGGUGAUUCAUCUUUAUUUACCUAUGAACAAAUAGCUUUCAUUCUAUGGGCAGAUAUUUUGGCAAUAUGCAUAUCAAUAGGCAUGUUGUUUUUGGAUAAAUUAGCACUGUGUGACUGAAACAACUGUAUCAUGUUCAUUUGAAUACUUCACCUUGAAUUUCGUAAUACACAUGUACACACAGUAUAAUUCAUUGUAAAACUGAAACGUAUUUUUCAUUGUCAUUACCAGGUAAUUAAACAUUUCGAAUACAGACUAUUCAGUAAUCAAUAUUCUUUCCAAUUACAUUCUCAUUGGACUCUGCACUUACAUAUACAUCAAGUACAAUACAAUGUAAAACAAAACAAACACUUGAAAAAGGUGUUUGUAAUCAGAGACAUGG